GUUCGCUGUAUUUCUGAAGACUAUGAACACAACCCCACUCGGAUAAAAGUUAUUUUCAUGGAAAGAACGGCUCUAAGUGCAGGAUCAUGGGGUAUGGGCAUUUCCUCCACCAGCAUGGGGUUGAGGAGGAUCAGGUCCACCUCAAUGUGGGAGGGGUACGGCACAAAGUGGAUCCGGACAUGCUGCUCCGCUUCCCCCACACACGCCUGGCUCGUCUGCUGCAUUGUCAGAGCGAGGCGGCUAUCUUAGAGCUGUGUGACGACUACAGCCCGGCUGAGAGGGAGUAUUACUUUGACAGAAAUCCCCGGGUUUUCCUCUGUGUGCUCAACUUCUACCAAACGGGGCGUAUCCACAUGAUGGAGGAGUUCUGCGUCUUUUCCUUUAGCCAGGAAAUUGAGUACUGGGGCAUACAGGAGCUGCACCUCAGCUCCUGCUGCAGCAACUGGUACCACGAGAGGAAGGAGUACAUCGAGGACAGAGACUGGGAUAUCAGGAGUGACGACCAGCAGCCCAGCUUUGAUUCCUCCUUUGAGGAGCUUUCUGCUCUUGAUAAAGAUCUAGAAAAGUUCAAAGGUGCCUGGUGUGCAGAGGUGAGGAGCUAUGUUUGGCUAAGACUGGCGGAUCCAGGUCACUCCACAGCCUCAAAGAUCAUUGCUGUGGCUUCCCUCAGUGUUGUGUUGACCUCUAUUGUUGCCAUGUGCGUCCACAGCAUGCCUGAGUUUCAGCAUGUGGAUAGUAACGAGAAGCCCAUCGAUGACCCUGUCUUCACGAUCCUAGAGGAGAUAUGCAUCGCUUGCUUCUCUGCAGAGUUCAUCAUCAGGCUGAUUGUUGCACCCUCCAGGAGAAAGUUUCUUGGAAACCCCUUGAACAUCAUCGAUGUUGCUUCCAUUUUGCCAUUUUACGCCACUUUAGCUUUGGAAACUGCUGAUGAGGAGACAGCAGAGGAGAAUGAAGACAUAGAAAAUGUAGGGAGGGUGGUGCAGGUUCUGCGCCUCAUGAGAGUUCUCAGAAUCCUCAAACUGGCUCGGCACUCCAUCGGACUACGAGCUCUAGGUGCCACCGUGCGCCACAGCUACCACGAGGUGGGUCUUAUCAUUCUCUUCCUCUCGGUAGGAAUCUCCAUCUUUUCUGCCCUUAUCUACUUUGCAGAGAAAGAAGAGAAACACACAGAUUUGGGGACUAUCCCUUCGGGUUGGUGGUGGGCCAUGAUCACUAUGACCACAGUGGGUUAUGGCGACACAUGCCCAGUGACGCUGGCAGGGAAGAUUGUAGCCACCUUAUGCAUCAUCUGUGGCCUGUUAGUGGUGGCUCUGCCCAUUACUAUCAUCUUUAAUAAAUUUUCAAAGUAUUAUCAAAGAAACAAAGCCAUGGAGGGACAGGGCAUCACCAAACCUGAAAGGAAAGACCCAGAACUCCCCUAUUAUAACAUCAGAGACUUGUUCACAGGUAGCGUUUAUCCCUUCAUUGGAAGCAUCGCCUUCAGGAAUAGUGGGAGUGAGGAUGAUACAGACGCCUCAAGUCUCCAGGACAUCGAGGUGUGUGAUAAUGACUCUUGUGAAAAUGGGGCGACAAAAUGAGAAAAAGAGCCAUUUCACCAAGUACUGUAUCACUCCCAUUAUGACAGUAAGUCACCCCGUGCCUCAGAAGGCAGAGCGCUUCAUCACUGGUCUUGCCUUCCCACGUCGUCUUCCUACUGCAGUUUGACAAGAGAAAUAUGUCGGCCGCAACUUUUAUUUAUUUAUUUAUUUAUUUGUCAAAUAUACAAUGUUGCUAAAACCAGAAAAUCUAAAGGGAAUUAUCUGAACCUUGCUUGGAGGUUUGAAAGCCUAUUUUCUGCUUGAGAAAACUGCAAUGAUGCA